AUGAAGUAUCCAGCCGAUAAUACAACCACAAGUGUGGAUGACAGUUUCAGUGUAAAGUGGCGUGUAGAUGUAACCGACUUCGGUAAAUCUCAAAGCUAUGCUGUAUAUACCUGGCUGCGUACUAUCUUCGUGCAUGUAAUACCCCUCCUUCUCCUCUGCGUCAUCAACUUCUACCUUAUUAAGUUCAUCAGAAUUGCAAAUGCACGAUGGCGAAUCUCACGAAGGGCGCACAAGACUAAAAAUCACCCACCCGACUUACUGACCGCCGAGCCCCAAGAUCACUUGCAUAGCAAGGAGGAAGGGCUGGUCACAAGUGCUGCAACACUCGCCGCAAAUCGCCGAAAUGAGAGACGCCAAGCAGCACAACGCAAACUCACCGUUCUCCUGGUGGCCAUAGUCGGGCUCUUUCUGGCCGGUCAAAUACCCCAGGCCUUUGCCUAUGUGUCCAAUGCCCAAGUCGUUCUUCGACUCUUUGGGUGGUCGUCGCAGCCUCUCUCGUGCUGUCCACCCUAUCGCCUGUAUCGUGCCAUCACAAAUUGCAUCUGCCUAAUUACCUAUUCCGCAAAUUUCUUUCUCUACGCUUCGCUUAACAGUCAUUUCAAACACCAACUUGGUAAGUGGAUUGGGAAGUGCAAUUUGCGUCGGCAACAGACUCCCCGGCUGCAACCCAUCACCGCGACAGAAAGUGACAAGUAUGAUACGAUAGAAAGAGUUAAACAUCGUUUGCAACUGAAAGAAACUGUAUCCGCUGAUGAAUACCAGGUGAAACGAAGAAGAACCCCUCGGAAGGCAGCCCUCAACUCUGUUAGCAAUGAGGUGCCUGUCACGGACCCAAUUGCUGUUUCUGAUGUCUCUGAUCGUGUGUCUUUCUACUCCCAUUCUGACCAUGUCUGGCGUGUCAGUAUUGCAGUACUGCCUCAAGCUGGUGGUAGACCCGUAGCACUUGCCAACGCCACAAUGGGAAGGUCGGUAACUGCCACCCAAUCCCAUUCAUCAUCACCGCGUGGAUCUGUAAAAGCGCCACGUCAUGCCAUCAGCUUACCAACAAACCAUAUGAGCGUUUCCAGUGACCUCAUUAUUCCAAAUUCUUUUAGUGAGGCACAACCUUCUCACCCAGCCCCUUUGAGAAGAAGUAACCAAUCAGUCUUCAAUUCACAGCCACUGUUGAAACAGGCAAAAGAGGACUUAUCCACUGCCCCCGAUGAAAAGAUCCUCGUUCGUAUGCACAGCCAUUCAAAACACUUUUGGUCCAAAAGACGAAGACAACUGGCUGAGACGAGAAAAUGCGUAAAAUUUAAGAAGACUGGGCAUCCAGUUGAGAGUGAAACAUUUCUGAAUGAGAACCGGUUUCAUUUGAAUGUCACCUCGCAACGAUUUCCGGGCAUAGGUCAUCAGUGCAGAGACAGAAGUAAUCUUCAACUCUCCCUCCCCUCCUACCUUGCUAACAUGUCCUGGUGUCCGCCAUUUAUUGUGGCAAGCCUGCUACGUGCUAAUAGGAGCCUGAAAGACACCAUCAAUCCACAUUUACGCAACACCAUCCCAAUCGCCUACCAGGAAACCCACCUAGAUAAUAUUUUGUAA